GAGUUUCACUUCUCCCUCUCACAACCUGUGUCAGGGCCUCCCGCCUGGAGACUCAUGACGCGGCCGCAGUUCCCACUCCCAUUGCGUGUCCGGUUUCUAGAGCAGCCAAUCAGCGUCUCCGCGGUUUCCGGUAAUACAGUCUUCACGGAACCACCGGCACUCCAGAUUCUCCACAGACCCGAAGAUGAGGGUCAGGGCGCCCGAUUCUCCACAGAUCCGAGGAUGAGGGUCAUGGCGCCCGGAACAUUCCUCCUUCUGCUCUCGGGGUCCCUGACUCUGACCGAGACCUGGGCAGGCUCCCACUCCCUGAAGUAUUUCUACACCGGCGUGUCCCGGCCCGGCCGCGGGGAGCCCCGCUUCAUCGCCGUCGGCUACGUGGACGACACGCAGUUCGUGCGGUUCGACAGCGACGCCGCGAGUCCGAGGAUGGAGCCGCGGGCGCCGUGGGUGGAGCAGGAGGGGCCGGAGUAUUGGGAGCGGAACACGCAGAUUUACAAGGUCACCGAACAGAAUUUCCGAGUGGGCCUGAACAAUCUGCGCGGCUACUACAACCAGAGCGAGGCCGGGUCUCAUACCUUGCAGUGGCUUUGUGGAUGUGACAUGGGGCCGGACGGGCGCCUCCUCCGCGGGUACAGUCAGUUCGCCUACGACGGCGCCGAUUACCUCGCCCUGAACGAGGACCUUCGCUCCUGGACCGCGGCGGACACGGCGGCUCAGAUCACCCGGCGCAAGUGGGAGGAGGCCGGUGAAGCUCAGCAUAACAGGGCCUACCUGGAUGGGGACUGCGUGGAGUGGCUUCGCAGAUACCUGGAGGACGGGAUGGAGACGCUGCAGCGCGCAGACCCUCCAAAGACACAUGUGACCCACCACCCCAUCUCUGACCAUGAGGUCACCCUGAGGUGCUGGGCCCGGGACUUCUACCCUGCGGAGAUCACCCUGACCUGGCAGUGUGACGGGGAGGACCUGACCCAGGACACCGAGUUUGUGGAGACCAGGCCUGCAGGAGACAGGACCUUCCAGAAGUGGGCGGCUGUGGUGGUGCCUUCUGGAGAGGAGCAGAGAUACACAUGCCAUGUGCAGCAUGAGGGGCUGCCUGAGCCCAUCACCCUGAGAUGGGAGCGGCCUCCUGAGUCCACCAUCCCCAUUGUGGUCAUCAUUGCUGGCCUGGUUCUCUUUGUGGUCACUGGAGCUGUGGUGGCUGGAGCUGUGAUCUGGAGGAAGAAGCACUCAGGUGAAAAAGGAGGAAGCUACAUUCAGGCUGCAAGCAGUGACAGUGACCAGGGCUCUGAUGUGUCUCUCACUGAUCCCAAAGGAACAUCAGAUGAUAAAGAUAAAUGAUGAUCUCAAAAGAAAAAACAGAUUUUCUCAAAAGGAACUACUACAGUUAGAAUGAAGCCAACUUCUCCCUGUCAGGAAUGGCAGCCAGAAGACAAUGAAAUAAUGUUGCCAAAGGCUGAGGGAAAACCAAUGUCACACCAGGAAUUUGGGACUGGAAAAUCUUUCAUGUAUAAGAUUAAAAAGGACAAUAUCAUAUCAAUAUAAUUGUUAAUUUCUUAGCAAAAUAUCUACUCUAAAUGUAUUCGCAAGGUCAUAGAGAUAUGUAAGAAAGAAAGAAAGCAGAAAAAUUAAUUGGUAAUGUAAAACCAUGAUAAAUGAUUUACAGGUAAAUCAAUCCUGUCUAUAUUAAUACUAAUAAUGUGAAGUUCAAAGCACAGAAGUAAUAUAAAUAAAAUACUUAACAUGUUGUGUCACAA